GGCGGUGCUGCCCGCCCUUCCUCCUCCUCCUCCGCCGCCUCCUCCUCCUCCUCCGCGCCCCGCCGGACGCUGACAGAGCGGCGGAGCCUGCCGCCAGCGCCGCCGCCGGGGCUCUUCAGCCGCCGCCAGGCCCCGGGGGAGCCGCUGGCGCUGCCGCUGGCCAUGGUGGCCCGCCUGCCGCCGGAGGGGCAGGAGCAGGCGCGGCGGCGGCGGCCGCCAUUGCGCGCGGGGGCCGCGGGACUAUGAAGGAUGGAAGCGGACGAGGUGACGAUCCGCGAGCAGAACUUCCACAGUCAAGUGCGGGAGUACACGAUCUGUUUUCUCCUAUUUGCUGUUCUCUACAUAGUUUCCUACUUCAUAAUCACAAGAUACAAAAGGAAAGCAGAUGAGCAAGAGGAUGAAGAUGCCAUCGUUAACAGAAUAUCGCUGUUCUUGAGCACCUUCACUCUAGCAGUUUCAGCUGGUGCAGUCCUGCUUCUACCUUUCUCAAUAAUCAGCAAUGAGAUCCUGCUUUCUUUUCCACAAAACUACUAUAUUCAGUGGUUAAAUGGCUCACUAAUUCAUGGUUUAUGGAAUCUUGCUUCUCUUUUUUCAAAUUUAUGUUUGUUUGUGUUGAUGCCCUUUGCCUUUUUCUUCCUGGAGUCGGAAGGAUUUGCUGGCUUAAAAAAGGGCAUCAGAGCACGGAUUUUGGAAACCCUUGUAAUGCUUAUUCUUCUUGCACUGCUUAUCCUUGGAAUCGUAUGGGUGGCUUCAGCACUCAUAGACAAUGAUGCUGCCAGUAUGGAGUCUUUGUAUGACCUCUGGGAAUUCUACCUCCCGUAUUUAUAUUCCUGUAUAUCACUGAUGGGAUGCUUGUUACUUCUGUUGUGCACGCCAGUGGGACUUUCACGGAUGUUUACAGUAAUGGGUCAGUUGCUGGUGAAGCCAACAAUCCUUGAAGACCUAGAUGAGCAGAUGUAUAUCAUCACUUUAGAGGAAGAAGCAAUUCAGAGGAGACUUAAUGGUGUCUCUUCCACAGUGGAAUAUCGGGCAGCGGAGUUGGAACGUGAACUUGAAAAAGUGAAAAGCAAGAAAACGAAUCUAGAACGGCGGAAGAAAGCUUCUGCUUGGGAAAGGAAUUUAGUCUACCCAGCUGUUAUGAUAUUGCUACUGAUUGAGACGUCAUUCUCAGUCCUCUUAGUUGCUUUCAACAUUCUUUACCUGUUGGUUGAUGAGACUGCAAUGCCAAAGGGAUCAGGGGGGCCUGGAAUAGGAAAUGCCUCCCUAUCCACCUUUGGUUUUGUGGGAGCAGCACUUGAAAUCAUUUUGAUUUUCUAUCUUAUGGUAUCCUCUGUCGUCGGCUUCUACAGUCUUCGUUUUUUUGAAAAUUUUACUCCCAGGAAGGAUGACACAACUAUGACAAAGAUCAUUGGAAACUGUGUCUCAAUCUUGGUGCUGAGCUCUGCUUUGCCAGUGAUGUCAAGGACACUCGGAAUCACCAGAUUUGAUCUGCUUGGAGACUUUGGAAGGUUUAACUGGCUGGGAAACUUCUAUAUUGUGUUAUCUUACAACUUGCUCUUUGCCAUCAUGACAACAUUAUGUCUGGUCAGAAAGUUUACUUCUGCUGUGCGAGAGGAGCUCCUGAAGGCAUUAGGAUUAGAUAAACUUCAUCUGUCAAACAAUCCAAGAGACUCGGAGACAAAGCCGUCUGCAAAUGGACAUCAGAAAACACUGUGACUAACAAUCACCUGCAAUCACCAGAGCUGAAAACACCAACCUCACGGCAUUCCUGUCAUCUCAUCAGCAUUUUUAUAUUGAUUUUAUUUGUUGAUAAUUUGGGUCCAACCUUGUCUCAUUUUUUGAUGAUGUGUGCUUCUGAGGAAGUUAGGUGAAUCAGAUUCUUCUCUUUCCAGUGAACUUUUGGUCUGCUCACUUAUUUCCCCGUAGGUUAAUGCAGGAGGUGCCUUGAAGACUGGAAGCUGAAGAGAACAAUGCAUUCCUUUUUAUUUGUUGACAGUCUCAUAUCUUUAGAUAUAAACCUGCUACCAUGUGAAUGCACAGUACCUCCUGUGUUGUAUAGACACAGCUAUAAAGAAUAACUUUGGGACUUGGUUUUAAAAUAAAAGAUGCACUUGAAGCCCUAUGUGACCCUUACUGGAAAUGUAAACCACCUGGAGCAGGUAUCCUUGACAGCAGAUAAACAGUUCCACUAAGAAUGUGUUAAAAAUGGAAGUAACUGGUAGAAGUCACAGUUCCUUUCAUGCUGGAUACGGGAGGCUGUUCAUAGUCUAAUGUCACAAAGCUUUCUUAGGAGGCCAGUGUUUUCAGCUUCCUGUUCUUAGCUGUAAAUGCCAGGUCGCUUUACUGAUAGUCAGGCAACGUCUUACCGAAUAGAGUGAAGUACAAGAUGAAGAUUAACUUCAGUGUUAAAUCUGAGCCUAGUAUGCUUUGUAAAAAGCUGUGUAGACCCCCUGUCACAGUCCUUACGGUUCUGUAAGCUAUUGUGCCAUGGCGGUCGCUUACCCUACCAAGUACAUCCCUGUAAAAUUCCUUAUGAACUGCUGUGUAUAAGCAGUACUUGUAAUCAAUGCAAGUAGCACAGGCCUAGGAGGCUGCAGUUGCAGUUUUUUUACAAUCUUCUUUAAUUUGAAGUAAAUUAUUUCUCUGAAUUUAUACUAUAGUUACUAGGAUUUCUGUUCAGUGGCAUAAUCCAGUAUCUUUUGCUAGCCUGUUUUUUAGUGUACACACGAACAUGUAUAUAGGCCUGUAUGUGUAGAUAAUGUAACUUAAAUACUAAGCUUAUAGAGAUUACAUAGGUGGCUCAGUAAGUAAAACUUUCAUGUGUUCAGUCUUGGUAGUAUGAAUUUCUGUGGUGUUACAGUUUAACUGCUCAGAGGCCUUGGUUCAGGAUGGCAUCGGUGGGUGCUAACAUCCUUUUUCUUAACAUCUCUGCAGCCUUAGGAAUCCUUUAAGCCUUUUAUAGUAGAGAGAAAACCCACCAACCAAAACCCAACAAGUAAGUGUGCAAAAUCUGGUUGUGCUUUUGUCCGGCUCUGCCACAAGUACGGCCCAAAGAGGCUGGAAUGGGGACACCUUCAGCGCGUGCCCGUUACGUAGCGAGUCGGGUAACGUUCCCGUUUGUUUCCCGCUUCUGUAGAACAAGUACGCCUGUAGCGUGAGGUCUUACACGCGAUCAAGCGGUGACAGCAAGCUCUCCAGUGUGGUUCCGAAAUAAGAUAAAACCUUGUGUCAGAAACUCCGUGGCUGCUCCCCCAGGUGACUGCUCUGGGCUGUAGACCUUGUUGCUGGAGUGCGGGUGGGAGCUGCUCUCCCCCCCCACCCCAGAGUGCUUCAGAAAUCAAGCUCCCAGUACACAUGAGGAUUUCUCAGUUUUUUUGUAACUGCCUUUUCUGAUGCGAACUGGGGCAUAAUGUAAAUAUUGCUGUAGUAAAUAUGAUGCUAGAGUUCCUUUUUUGUGUGUGAUUAGUAUAAAUUCAAGGCUUAUUAAACUGACUAUCGAUGUGUUGUACUGAGUCUUGGAAGAUGAAGUAAAAUUGCUUGAUUUCACUAAGAUUUACAAGCAUCUUUUCUGUUGUUUGAGUUUAAUGCUGACAUUUUAAGGAGAAAUCUUUAUCUGAGUCAAAGUUCUGCAACUAAGAACAGGGAGCUGUAAUUAAAAGUUGGUUUAAAGUGUGUUUACAUUUUAAAUAUUGGGAGAUUUAUUAUUAGGGGUGUCAUUCAGGUAUUCUGAGAGCUUGUAGCCUUAUGUAUUAGCAUUAUAGUUAAAAAUAACUGAAACGUAUCCACUUGUCCACGCAAGUGAUUGUGUGACCAAAAUCGUCCUCGUGUCAUAAUGGGGCUGGUGAGUUGUGGUGUGAGGCUAGUUAGCUGUGUUAAAAUAUUUCUAUUACAACUUUAAGACAGUUACUUAAAUACACUCUGUGAAACUGAAGAAAUGAAUUGAAGGAAUAAAUCUAAGGAGUGUGAACCAGCAUAGGUCUUGCUCUUCAUGCUCUUGGAGGGAUGUUUGUCCUGGCAUCAGUGACCCAAGAACACAGGAGAAGAUGGGGUUGUGAUGUGUGUGUGUGGUUUCUGAAAGUCAGUUGGGCAGUUACUGAAACUGAGCAGAGGCGGUUCCUGCUGAUAAGCACAGAAGUUUCAGGCAAGGCUUUAAAACUCCCCAAACAAAUGUUACAGCCUUGCCUGUUCCUUGCCCUUCUGCUGGGUUUUGCAGUCAGAGGCGUACGGGUCAAGGCUACCCUAGUGAAGACUUUAUGCCGAGAUCUGGAGGAUGGAUAAGGUGCGGUGUGGUUUCCAAGGUGGACGAGAAAUUUGGAACUACCCUGGGCAACUACUGACAGUGUUUUGUUUUAAAAUCAGCUGUUUAUAUUGUUACACUGUCCACAUUAAAAUAUGCCUUCGCCCUUGCAGAUGACAUGCUUAUGUAAAACUUCUUUACAGACACAAUGCUACAAAGAUACUACGUGUAAGAUACAGGUCGCUAUAUACUUUUCAAAGGAGCAUAUGGUCACUUAAAUACAAGCAACUGGUAAUUCAUUAAUGGAUAUUGCCAAUACAUUCCUAGUAUUUUGACUCAUGUAGAGUCAGGUGGUCUAUACCUUCAAGGUAUAUACAGCUGAUCUUAGUAACAUGAACAUCUGCCUCGCUUCUUAUGAGGCAAAAAGCACAUAAAUGCUUCCAUCUUCAACUAGAUACCACACAAGACCAAAAAAUAGAUGUAAACUAAGUGUGUUCAGUUAGCCGUUUCCUGGCGUUAUUCCGCGUUGGUAGCACAAUAUUAAAUGCAGUUGGCAGAACUGUAGUAUUGUGGGAUUUCUAAGUGUAAAGCACACAUACUUCCUACUUUAAGCUAAAAAAUAGUAGUAUUGGUUACUGUAAAAGUAUCAGGUUUUGCAUUCAUAGGAAGCUUUGUUUACUGUCUGUGAUGUGAUGUUUAUCUUUGGCCCUGUUCCUCCAGUACCUUUUACCCUGUUGACUGUUUUAGUGUCAUAGAAAUUAAAGGAUUUGACAAGUUGUUUUCCUUGUCGCGUUCCGAAGUACCACCUCGAGGGCCACAGAGGCGCUGCCGCCGGUGCGGGCGGGAGCCUGUGCAGCCGUGCGCCGAGUGGGACGAAUGCGUGAGUGGGCGCUGCGGGGCGACGCUUCCUCCCGUGUGUCUGCGGGAGUGACGAGCGCGAAGGGCGCUGCAGCCCUCCUGCCCUGCUCACCCGUGUCUCUGCAGCAGCCGGUGCUACUUGAGGUGCUCACGUGUGCCCACUGCUGUGCGGUAAAGACGAGACGGCCCUUUUCUUACAGAACUUACAAACCUAAAUUAGGAAUAAGGUAGAAACAAAGAGCAAUUGGCUUCUUCAUGCGUGUGACUUUCCUUUAAUUUCAUAAGAAUGUUCUAGGUUGUUUUCCUUUCUCUUUCUUUUCCUCCUCUCCCAGAAGCGGGAUGGGCUCAGGUGGUGUAUGUACGUACAGCAGCUGAGCCUUACGCUUAGUGGGCGAGCGUCUGCAAUUCUGAAUGCCAAAUGCAGGGAGACAGCUAAAUCAUGUUGGUUUACAUAUACUCUGAUUCUUAAAAUAGCAAUUUUUAAAAUCUAGGUAAAGUCAUUUAAGCAGAGACAGUGGACUGAGGCCAUGUUAAUUACUUUUUAAAGAGGUUAUAUGCUUGGUUUUGUUUAAAAAAAGUAUUGAUGUGAACUGUGAACCGUUAAAUACUUUAAGGAAAUAAGACCCCCCACCCCCUAGCGUUAGUACUUUUGCAGUUAUUGUAGUGCUGACCUGAGACGAUAUUGCAUACGGUAACUUCCCCCCCCCCCCCCCCAAGCCCAUAUAUUUCGGGAGCUGAAAUCUUGAGCUCCUGAAUAAGGAAUUCAUUAUUGGUAAGCUGGCAAAUUUUCAGUCGUGUGAACAGCACUUGAACUUUACAGGGUGUAUGAUCUGUAACAACGUAUACCGGCUGGAAACUAAAUGGGAAGGCUUUUUUAAAAUGUUCUAUAAUUGAAGCACCUCAAACUCUUCUUUCAAAGAGAAAGAAGAAACACGUGUAUUGUUAGUAUAUGCAAGUUAAUUGUACGUUUCAAAUUAUGUCAGUAAUUCACUAGCACUGAAAAGAACUUUAAUAAAUUCUUAACCUGUUUUGCGAUUCACAGUGCAAUGGUGGCCUUGACAUUAAAUUUACAGAAGCCUGUGAACUUCUGAAGAUAACUCAGAACGUCUUGGCACCAGAAAACCGAGGACGCCUGCUUGUUCUGUGUUCAUUACUGUAUUUUUCUAAGUAACUUUUUCAGUUUCAUUUAUUGCUCAUAGAUUUUUUAAUAUAUACAUAGCAUUAAAUGUUUUAACAAACAUAGAAGGUGACUCCAAGCAAAGGGGUAGUGUCAGAAAUAUCCUGUAAAUGCUGAUAAUCCUGACAUAUCUAAUUCCAAGCUAUUUACAAGAUGUAUCUGUAUGAAGGCCUCACAUAAAGAGGAAAUCCUGAUUCUCAAAGGCUUUAGGUAUUUGAUUUUCACUUGUACCUACACGAGCACUUUGGGAUACUGCUUCUAAAUUGCUUCUAAGCGUUUGUUGUAUAUUAACCUCAAGCGUUGCUGUUUCUCCCAGCCCCCUGCCAUUACAUUAAGUUUCACAGUCAGCGCCACUGGAUGAAGCUGCUUUUGGGAACAGUGCUACUCUCUGCAUUCCUCGUAUAUUCAGUGCUUCCACAGGCAGCAGCUGAUGAUGUGUCAGGGCACUUGCUGCAAUUUUAGCCUAUUUUUUUCCCCACAUAGUCUAUACAGAGACAUUCCCUAGUUAGAAAUGUUCUUCCAUGAUGCAGAUGUUAGUGCUCAAUCUGGUUUUUACCCCUAGAUUCCAUUAAAACAAUCCUGCCAUUAGAGCGGGUCCUCUCACAAGUUACCAAGAGCUCACGUAAGUUUGAGUUACGAGUGAGAUGGAAAUGGUUUAGUCAUCGUGAUUUUAAUUUCCAGUAGUGUGAGACAACCGGCCCGCUUCUGAGCGCCACGUGCUCGUACAGCCGAUCUGAGGCCGUGCCGAUGGCGGUUACUCUGGAGUAGUUGACGUUCUGUGGGACUGCUCGUCAGUUAUCUUCCUUGUGACUUGUCGAGUACGACCACAGCUCUCCAUGUGCCUUGCCGCCUCGGUUGCAGAUCGAGACGCAUCAUUCUGGUGUGUCGGCACUGUGCAACUCUCUUGUGUUUUAAUCAAAUCAGGCUUUGCGUGGCGCUGACAGAAGGAUCUUCGUGUGCUUUUUGCACCUUUUGUGUUUCGUGCGUACGAGCAUGUUUUGGAUGCUUUCUCUCCAUGUAAAGUGAUCGUUCAGAAAAGCAGCGCAGUGGGGGUACCUGCACUGUGAAAUACAAUGGGUAUGUUUAAUUGCUUAAGGAGAACAUUAAGUGGUGCAUGACUUCAGUUUUCCCCCUAACCGUAAGAUUCCUCAGUCUGGGCCAAAAUACUUAGAUUCACAAAAUCUGUAUGAGCAGCUUUCUCCUCCCUCGCUUUAUAUAACAAAACAAUCUUGGGCCACUUUUAAUUUUUUAAAGGUAGGUUUCAAGGUAUUUUUUUGUCUUAUUUGGCCUGUCUUCUAUUGCUUUAUAAACAAAUGGAUAGAAAAGGAAGAUACAUUUGGGUCAUGGAUUUGAAGUCUUAAGGCGUAUGAAACACGUACACAAAAAGUAUGGCCAGACUUCCUUUACUUUCUUGAGGGGUGAGGAGCCCAGCCCUGCAUCGCCUAAAUAGAAAACACACGCUGCUCUUGUCUUCAUGAAGCUUUGUUUCUGUAAGUCCCACUGAGGAGGCUGAGAGCACCCUCAGCGCGCCGCUGGCCGGCUCGUCAUGCGGGAUCAGCCUCGUGGGUGGCAGUGCGUGGCGCGACCGUAAAAAUCCAGUUCAGAACUAGUGUUUCUAGGGACGUUGCUGCUGCUGGCGCUGCAGCAGCGGCAGUCGGUGUCGUCUGCCGUGCGCUUUUGGGUUUUUCACUGCAGUGUUACUGGGUAAGACUCCAGUUUACAAAAAAAAAAAAACCAACAACCCAAAACCUACGCACAAUCUUUGCUGUGUGUGAGGCUGAACGAGAGACGUUGGGUGGAAUCGGUGCUCCCCUCUUGGUCCGGCUUGUGCUUAAGGCUUCGUAAACUCUGCAGUCUUGAGCAGCUGAUGUUUCUUUCACAUGGAUGUGUCUUAGACCAAGGUAAAAUAGAGCUGAAAAAUUAUGCUUUUGGUGUCACUUUAAUCAGAACAAUUUUCUGUGUCCGUACCUUCUCCCCACCAAACCCUUCCUGCUUUCUUUUAGGUCAUCCAGAAAUGUGGUUUAGAGUGUUCUCAGUUGUGGAUACUUUGCUGUGUUACAAAACUAAGUUAAAAUACUUGCCACCUUCGCCAGGUAGAAUUUUUUGUGAAAAGCAGUGGUAAUGUGUGUUUUCCUUUGUUUGUAAAGUUGCACUGAAUGUUUUGUAGGAAGAUUUUAUUUUUACUGUGUUUUCAAUAAAGUUAAAGUGUGAUUCAUAA